AUGCGUGCCGAAAUGGGUUCGGUGCCCUUAAUGUGCAUCUUUUCGAUGCUCACAAACAGUGUUCUCACCUAUCUUCCUAAUGAAGACCUUACAAAUUCUUUACCCAAUUCGAUUCUUCCUGGCGGCGGUUUUCCAACAGAAUCAAUUCCAUUCAUUCCGUCCGGCGAAGAAGAAGAGACAGGAUCACAAGAAGAUGAAGAUGCUGAUUCGGUGUACCGCAAGAAGGCGACAAAAUUUCGUCGUCGGAACAUAAAUGGUCCUUUUGGAGGGCGUAUACCAUUCAGUCGAAUGGCUUAUAAAACAGGGUAUGGUUCAAAUAGAUUCGGAGGUUCUCGUAUGGGUGGAGGAGGUUUCUUCGAAAGAGAACGCAAUCCAUAUGGAACGGUUACAAUUGGUGGAAAUGGUGCGUACGGCCCAUAUCCAGACGAAGUGUACAAUAUGCGUCCGAGUCCGCCGUAUUCUGGUUUAAUCGGCGGUAGUCGAAACGGCUAUUAUGGUAGUUCAAUUGGUGUUCGAAGACAAACACUGAGCAAUCGAAAGCCAUCUCCAGACUUUUUACCUGAUUUUCCUGCGAAUGAUCUUGUUGGUAGCUUCAACAAUAACAAUCAAGCAUUGCCAUCGCUUCGCGAACUAGCAACAUACGCUUCAAGAUACGGACCAGCGUAUCUGCGUGAACGAUUCGGUUCCUCAGAUGAGCGGCCGAAUCAUCCAUUCCCGGGCUCCCAGGUGGCAUUCCCGCGUGGCGGUGGCGGUCAUACUGAUUUCGGAUUGAAUAUUGCCACUAACAACUGGAAUGGAAUUGGAGGAAAACUGGGCUAUAUUUCAAGAGAUCCUGACUCUUAUCAGCACGACGCAACUCCAUCAACAACAACCGCACCAACAAAAACAAAAAUUCCAAAGAAGAAAGCGAAGGCUUCGAAAUCAAAAAAUGCGGGAACUCCGAAACCAUCUGCAAAAACGACUCCAAACCCGAAAAAAUUGAAUUAA